AUGGAGGAGACAAACAGAGAGGCCGUUGAUACGGCAGUGCAGAGGGUGGCUGGAAUGCUACAGCGGUCAGAUCAGCUGGACAAAGUUGAGCAGUACAGACGAAGAGAGGCACGGAAGAAAGCAUCUGUAGAGGCCAGACUUAAAGCUGCUAUCCAGUCCCAGCUGGAUGGAGUACGAACAGGCCUCACUCAGCUGCACAACGCGUUGUGUGAUGUGAAGGACAUCCAGAACUCACUGGCCGAUGUCAGUAAGGACUGGAGGCAGAGCAUCAACACCAUCGAGAACCUGAAGGAUGUGAAGGAUGCUGUGGUCCAGCACAGCCAGCUGGCCUCUGCAGUGGAAAAUCUCAAAAACAUUUUCUCAGUGCCAGAGAUUGUGCGCGAAACCCAUGGUCUAAUCGAGGAGGGUGAGCUCCUGCAGGCACACCGUAAGCUGAUCGACUUGGAGUGCUCCCGUGAUGACCUAAUGUAUGAGCAAUACCGCAUGGACAGCAAGAACACACACGACAUGAACCUAAUCCGCGCCUAUUUCGGCCAGGUGCAGGGCUUGUCUGACGAACUGGCAAAGCAGCUGUGGAUGGUGCUGCAGAGGGCUCUGGUCAUGGUACGCCGCGACCCCACCAUGCUGGUGUCCGUGGUGCGGAUCAUUGAGCGUGAGGAGAAGAUUGACCGGCGCAUGCUGGACCGCAAAAAGCAGACAGGCUUCAUCCCACCAGGCCGACCCAAAGGAUGGAAGAGCCGCAUGAACCAGGUGCUGGAGGGCACAGUGAGUGCCCGCAUCGAGAGCACUCAAUCUGAGACGCGGGACUCAGACAAGAUGUGGCUGGUACGGCUGCUGGAAAUAACACGCAAGUACGUGCUGGACGACCUGAUUGUGGUGAAGAACAUGAUGGUCCAAUGCUUCCCUCCACAUUACAACACCUUCCAGCUGUUCUUUGAUCUCUACCACCGGGCACUGUCGGCACGUGUUCAGGAGCUGGCUUCAGAGGACCUGGAGGCUAAUGAAAUUGUAUCUCUGCUCACCUGGGUUCUCAACACAUACAAAAGUGUGGAGAUGAUGGGCCAUCCAGACCUGUAUCCUGAGUGUGACGUGAAGCAGUUAGAGCCUUUGCUGCCUCAAGAAAUGGUGGAUGUUCUACUUGGCAAAUACAUGCAAACAUUCACUUCUAACAUCACGGGCUGGCUGAGGAAAGCUCUGGAAACAGAUAAGAAGGACUGGCAGAAGGAUACAGAGCCAGAGGCAGAUCAGGAUGGCUACUACCAGACAACCCUGCCUGCCAUUGUCUUCCAGAUGUUUGAGCAGAACCUGCAAGUGGCAGCUCAGAUCAAUGAGGUUUUUAAAGAGCAGGUGCUGAGACUCUGUCUGAAACAGAUGACCUCAUUCCUAGUGAGGUACAGGGAUGAAGCAAUUGCCUACAAGGAGGAGCACUUGAAGGACCGACAGCUUCCACAGUGCUACGUUCAGUACAUGAUCGCCAUCAUUAAUAAUUGUCAGACUUUUAAGGAGUCCAUAAACAGUCUGAAACGGAAGUACUCACAGUCAACAGAGCCUACUCAAAACGACGCGCAAAUAGAGAAGACCUUGAAUGAGGUGGCUAAGGAGGGCUGCCAGUUCCUCUUAGAUGAAGUCUUCCUAGAUCUGGAGCAUCAUCUGAGUGAGCUGCUGACACGGAAGUGGCUAACUGGUUGUCAUGCGGUGGACACCAUCUGUGUGACGGUGGAGGAUUACUUCAAUGACUUUGCCAAGAUCAAGAAGCCUUAUAAUCAGGAGAUGACGACCGAAGCUCAUCGGCGGGUGGUGGUGGAGUACCUGAAGGCCAUCAUGCAGAAACGCAUCACAUUUAAAAAUGCAGAGGAGAGGAAGGAGGGAGCGGACAGAAUGAUCAAAGAAGCCGAGCAGUUCAGCUUCCUCUUCAAGAAGCUCUCUGCUGGAGAAGAUACAGACUGGCUGUGUGGCUCCAUCACUGCCAUCGCGGAGGUGUUCAAGCUGACCGAUCCCACUCUUCUCUUUCUGGAAGUGUCCACGCUGGUCUCCAAAUACCCAGACAUCAGGGAGGAGCACAUUGUGGCCUUGCUGGCUGUUCGGGGCGAUGCCACUCGUGAUAUGAGGCAGAUGAUCGUUGAGACGCUGAGCCAGAGUAAACCUUCUUCCUCCAGCAACUCCACACCCGUCUUCAGAGACAUCACCGUUCCAACCAUCACAUCCAUGACCGCCAUGGCUGUACCUAAACUGCUGAAAUAACCCACGCAAGGACUGACCUGAGACCUCUGGGAAUUCACCAGAUUAACAGGCCUACAGGAAGAGAGAUGAGAGCUCACAGUCUUUAGGAUGUGCCGUGGUCUGCUCUUGAAGGGACAGCUGCUCAUGAGGGCAACAGGACAGAGUUUACAAUUAUAGGUUACAGUACUUGAUGUACAGAAAACUCCUAGCGGUCUUUGUUGCAUUUAAAACACUAAAAUCAUGCCUCACCUUCCUUACUUCAACGUUCUCCUGCUUCUCCUAAUGUUGGGGAUGGCGUGAUUUGAUGAUGGUUUCCUUGGCAUUUCACUGCUUCUGUUUGAUUCAUUAAAAAAAGAAUCGAAUCACA